GAGGCGGCAGCAAGGGGUACAGCCGGGGACCUGGGUGGCCGUUUGAAGGGGUCUUCCCCCUCCUCAGACCCACUGCCCGCUCCCGGCCCUCCUUUCCCGCGCAUACAUCUCCCAAACAUGGGCCCCUCCAGCCCCGACUUCUGGGUGAACCCCAGAUUCGGAGAGCACUAGGGCAGGUGUACCAUGGGGGGCUUUUUGGGAACCGGUUUUCCCCGGCUCCCGGCUCCCGUUGGAACUUCCAGAGCGCCGCGCCCCGGGACCCUGGAAGCCCGCCCGUCCCCGCCCCCCGCGGCCGCGACCUCAGCGCUCCCGGUGCGGUUCCCGGAAACUCCUCGAUUUCCCUGUGGCCUCCGCUUUUGCAAGAAACCGAAACCCAAGCCCCGCCCCUCCGGCGCGGCCUCGCGGGACCCGGCUGCUCUCAGCAGGGGGGCGGUGGAGCGCAGCGGCAGUGACCUAACGGGGCCUCGCCUGCAGCUUGGGAGGCGGCUCGCGGUGUACUGGCCACAUGGGGUGCGGAGUGUGGGGGCCCAGGAGCGUUUACAAAGAGCUGCCCCCUGCCCACCCCGCGUUGCUAGUUUCGCGGCGGCGGCGUGUCUUGGGCGCAGAGGUGUCUGGCGACCUGCCCGGGGUCACACAGCCUGCAGCUGGAGGCCGCGCACGCCCUGGCCGCAGCGGGAGGCGGGGCGCCCAGGCCACCCGCAGGUGAGCCUGGGGCCUGGGCCGCAGCUAGGGUCAGCGGCGCUCCCGCCUGCCCGGAGCGGCCCCGCGCCCCAUUUGGGGCGGAGCGGCGAGGUGGAGGCUGGGCACCAGGGCCUGCGCCCCUCCUCUCCCGACGCCCCCAACUCCAGCCGGGUCGGCGCGCGUGCGCCCCCUGGGGGAGAGGGCACCAAGCCGGGGCGGAGAGGGGCCGAGCGCCCUGAGCAGGGUCUCGGCCGCCGGGCCCGCCCCCGACACCUCCCCCGGCCUCGCCACCCUCCGGGCGGGUGGGGAGCCUAGCGCUUUCCUCCCAACGCGGUGUUUAUAAGAAACGAAAGUCGCGCGGAGGCCCGGCGGCCCACGCGGUCGCGCCCCACGCCCUCGGGCGCUGGCUGCGGGGGCCCCGGAACAGCCCCGCCCGGAGCGGCCCUCCGUCCUGGGCGCUUUCCGAGCCGGCUGCAGCCUCCACUCUACUCGGGAUUUUCUAACAGCGCAACACGGAUUCUGCUGUGUCAUGCCGCAUUUUUUGCGAACGCUUGGAGAGGGGAGGGGCUGGUCUUGUGCCCCGGGGAACCACCGGGGCCAAACCCAGAGUAGACCCUGAGCAGGAGCGUGAUUCGUUCGCGUGAAACGAAUUAAAAGAUUUUCUUCCUA